AUGGACACAAAAGUCAUGGAUGAAAUCCCUGUGCAGGAGGAAUUUGUUUCAUGUGGUGGAAUCGAAACUCAGCUUUUAAAAUGUGGGCCCUGGACUGACCUCUUCAAUGAUCAAAGUGCUUGCAAGCCUAAGGUGCUUAUUUUAAUUAUUACGGGUAACCCAAACAAGGAGAUUCUUGCAACUUCCAAUGAUUCAAAUACACCAGAAAUUAAGGACGCCUAUGGACAUCAUGGUCAAAUAGAACAAAAACUAGCUUUCCUGAGAACUCAUGUACCGAAGCAAAUGAAGCUUGUGUUCAUUGGCCAUUCAAUUGGCUCCUAUAUUUCCCUUCAGAUGUUGAAAAAUGCUCCUGAGCUUCCCGUAAUCCUCUCCGUGAUGCUCUUUCCAACAAUUGAGUGGAUGUCAGAGUCACCCAAUGGCAGGAUUGCCACCCCAUUUUUGUGCUGGCUUCGCUAUGUUCUCUAUGCUAUUGCCUACAUAUUAUUGAAACCAUUACCAGAGAAUCUCAAGUCGUGGAUAAUCAGCAUGACCUUUCAAUUGAAAAAUAUAGCAAAUGACUGUUUUUGCCCGAGCCUAUUGAAUCCGUUCUGUCUUGCAAAUGCUGCCUACCUUGGGGGCCAAGAAAUGAUACAAAUGGUGGAGAGAGAUAAUGAAACCAUAAAGAAACAUUUAUCUAAGCUUACAUUUUACUAUGGUAGUAUAGAUUCUUGGUGCCCACUACAGUACUAUGAAAACAUCAAGAGAGAUUUUCCAGAAGGAGAUAUCCGACUCUGUGAAAAAAAGAUACCACAUGCUUUUAUCCUCUCUCAUAGUGAGGAAGUGGCUGAAAUGACCGCUGCCUGGCUGAAGGAUGACCUGUCCAAAAUAUAA